GAUUUUCCUCAUUUCAGCUUCCGUAUAUUUACAGGCGUCCACCCUUUUACUCCUUACCUCCUGACCUCUGCCUCCGCCUCCGCCUCCAUCGUCGGAACUGUUCUUAUCCACCGUCUUCGCCGGCGACAUCGCCGUCUCCAUCUUCCGACAUCCCUCUUCCAUUUCCCAAUCCUACGAUUCUCAGAACAUCCAUUUCUGCUCACAGUUAAAUAGCCAAAGGCCAUGUCCGGUAUGUACGGUACCAACUUCUCCCCUGCAAGAACUGCUUCGCCUCACAUCAGGACUACUCCUGAUGGAGACAGUCAGUACUUGUCGGAGCUACUAGCGGAGCAUCAGAAGUUCGGCCCCUUCAUGCAAGUUCUUCCGAUCUGUAGCCGACUUUUGAAUCAAGAAAUAUUGCGGGUUUCUGGAAUGAUGUCCAACCAGGGUUUCUGCGACCUCGAUAGGCUUCGGCAUAGAAGUCCUAGUCCAAUGGCUUCUUCAAACCUUAUAUCUAAUGUUAGUACCACAGGUUUGAGUGGCUGGAAUGGUCUUCCUCAGGAGCAGAGAUUAAGUAGAGCCACCGGAAUGACAAUGGACUGGCAAAGUGCACCUGCGAGUCCUAGUUCGCUCACCGUGAAGAGAAUUCUACGUUUGGAAAUACCUGUGGAUACUUACCCCAAUUUCAAUUUUGUAGGGCGACUUUUGGGUCCUCGGGGCAAUUCCUUGAAACGUGUGGAAGUUACUACAGGUUGUCGUGUAUACAUUCGAGGGAAAGGGUCCGUAAAGGAUCCAGACAAGGAAGAGAAGUUACGGGGACGACCCGGCUACGAGCACUUGAACGAACCACUGCACAUCUUGAUUGAGGCAGAUUUACCAGCCAAUAUUGUUGAUAUAAGGCUCAGACAGGCACAAGAAAUUAUUGAAGAACUGCUCAAACCCGUGGACGAGAGCCAAGAUUACAUAAAAAGGCAGCAGCUACGCGAACUCGCUAUGCUAAAUUCAAGUUUCAGAGAAGACAGUCCAGGACCUGGUGGUAGCGUCUCUCCAUUCAACUCAAGCGGAAUGAAGCGUGCCAAAACAGGUCGUUAAGUGCUCAUAUCCUUUCUUACCUUAAAGAAUUUCUACCCCAGUCCAGAAUUCAGUCACUUGUAUAACUCGAUGUGAAUCUGACCGACCGUGUGACCGACCGUGUGACGUAGCUAGGAGUAAGGGGAGGCGUAACUUCAGUUCCAGGUGAGCCUUCUCUCUGUGUUCCUGAGUGUAGGUUUGAAUAGGUCAGUUUUUCCAACAAAGUUAAUAUAUUCAUUGGAUUUAUUCUUGUGUUAGGGACUGCUGAAGAGUGUGUAGUUUUACAUUAUUAAUGCAAAAACAUUAGGAAGUGAUGAAUGUAAUAUUGUUUGAUAUUUCUUAGGUGUUGUAAUGUAAAAGCAAUGUCAGUGUCAAUUAUAUUUUUGGAAUGAUAUAUGAAAGAACAGUGCAAAAACUCAAUCAAUGUGCUUCUCAGUUUGUGUUUGCUAUCAA